UAGAAGAAGAAACUGUGGUUGCUGAUCAUCUGACUGUUAAAGCUAAAGCUAACGGUGAACCUUCGUCGUUAAACUGAGGGUAUUUUCUUCUCUCCGGGGGGAAACGUCAUGGCAUUCAUCACAGCCAACUGGAACCCGCUGGGAGAAGCUUUUUAUCGUAAGACGGAGCUGUACGAGAUGUGCUGGAACCUACGGGAUGGACUCAGAGACAGUUUGGUGGCUGCAGCUCCGUAUGGAGGACCAAUAGCUCUCCUCAGAGAACCUCACAGACGUUCUCCAAGUUCUCGUCCACAGUUGGAGAUUUAUUCUGCGUCUGGAGUUUCCAUCGCCAGUUUCCCUUGGAAGAGUGGUCCUGUGGUCCAGUUGGGUUGGACGGUCAGUGACGAGUUGUUGUGCAUUCAAGAAGACGGAUCAGUUCUGAUCUACGAUCUGUUUGGAUCCUUCAAGAGACAUUUCAGUAUGGGUCAGGAAGUUGUCCAGAGUCAGGUGUUGGAGGCCAAAGUUUUCCACUCUCCAUAUGGGACAGGUGUUGCCAUAGUAACAGGCUCUUCUCGCUUAACCUUGGCAACCAACAUUGACGACUUGAAGCUCCGCAGAUUACCUGAAGUUCCUGGUCUACAGGGUAAGCCUUCCUGUUGGGUCGUCCUCACUCAGGACCGACAGACUAAAGUCCUUCUGUCCAAUGGACCUGAACUCUACAUCCUGGACAGCACAUCCUGCACUGCUGUGUGUCCUCCAGGUGUCAGUCCUCAGGACGGUAUCGUCCACAUGUCUGUGUCUUUCAGCUAUAAAUACCUGGCUCUCUUCACUGACACGGGACACCUCUGGACAGGCCCCUCCCACCUCCAGGACAAAAUGAUUGAAAUCGACACCAAAAAGAAGACGACACCCAAACAGAUGGUCUGGUGUCGCAGACCAAAGAGUCAGCAGCCGUCUGUGGUGCUUAUGUGGGACAGACUCCUCCUGGUGGCUGGAGUCUGUAGUGACACCAUCCAAUUCCCCAUCGAGGAUCCGUGUGUCUUAGUGGGAGAACUGGACGGAGUUCGGAUCAUCAGCUCGACCAAUCAGGAGCUGCUGCAGGAGGUUCCUCUGGUCUGUCAGGACAUCUUCAAGAUCGCAUCCAUGGCUCCUGGAGCUCUGCUACUGGAGGCCCACCGGGAGUACGAGAAGUCGAGUCAGAAGGCUGAUGAGUACCUGAGGGAGAUUAAGGAGCAAAGCAUGCUGGGAGAAGCGGUCAGACAGUGUGUGGAGGCGGCAGGUCAUGAAUACGACACCAACACCCAGAAAUCCCUGCUGAGGGCGGCGUCCUUUGGGAAGUGCUUCCUGACUGACUUCAGUCCGGAUCAGUUUGUGUUGACCUGCAGAGAACUCCGAGUCCUGAAUGCCGUCAGAGAGAAUGGCGUGGGUCUGCCACUCACACACACUCAAUUCAAACAAAUGACUCUACAGGUGUUGAUAGACAGGUUGGUGUAUCGACAAUUUUAUCCGUUGGCGAUAGAAAUCUGUCGUUAUCUGAAGAUUCCUGAUUAUCAGGGAGUCAGCAGAGUCCUCAAACACUGGGCUUCAUGCAAGGUGCAGCAGAAGGACCUAUCAGACGAGGCCAUAGCUCGAGCAGUGUGUGUGAAGGUGGGAGACUCACCUGGUGUUUCUUACUCCCACAUUGCAGCGAAAGCCUAUGAAUGUGGACGUACUGAGCUCGCCAUCAAGUUGUUGGAUUUUGAGGCUCGGUCUGGAGAACAGGUUCCUCUGCUGUUGAAGAUGAAGAGGAGUCAGUUGGCUCUAAGUAAAGCUGUGGAGAGUGGAGACACUGACCUGGUGUACACAGUGGUCAGUUACCUAAAGAAUGAGAUGAACAGAGGAGAUUUCUUCAUGACUCUGAGGAACCAACCAGUUGCUCUCAGCCUCUAUAGACAGUUCUGUAAGCUGCAGGAACAGGACACUCUGAAGGAUCUUUAUAACCAGGAUGAUGAUCAUCAGGAGCUCGCCAAUUACUAUGUUACUGCCAGUUACAGAGAGAAGAGGUUGGAGAGCCGUCUGUCUCUCCUUCAGAGUGCUGUAGACGAGUAUAACAAGGCCAAGAACGAGUUCGCUGCAAAGGCCACAGAGGACGAGAUGCGUCUCCUUCGUUUUCAACGAAAACUGGAUGACGAGAAGGGGGCGGGGCUACUGGGACUGUCUCUACAGGCGACUAUGGAGGCUCUGCUGGCGUUAGGACUUCACAAACAGGCAGAACAACUUUACAGAGACUUCAGAGUACCCGACAAAAGGUACUGGUGGCUGAAGCUGAAGUCUCUGGCAGAGAAGGAGGAGUGGGAGGAGUUGGAGAAGUUCUCUAAGAGCAAGAAGUCUCCUAUUGGCUACCUGGCAUUUGUUGACAUUUGUAUGAAGUGCAACAACAAGUAUGAAGCCAAGAAGUACGUUUCCAAGGUGACACCUGAGCAGAAAGUCAAAGCACACCUGGCUGUCAGUGACCUGGAGGGAGCGGCGGAUGCUGCGAUCGAGCGCAGGAACGAAUCAGAGAUGGGGGCGGUCCUUUCUAGAUGCUCCACCUCUGACCGGCUGCUGAUUGACAGGCUGAACCGAGCCAGAGCCACGGCUCCCAAAAAGUGAUCCUCCAUCCAGAGUAUGUACAGGUUCAGACUCCAGACUUUCAGGACAGAGUCUUGAACCUUCUCAGCAGCCUCUUCCAAACUUUCUACUGUCUCACAUGGUUUUCAUGGCAGUCUCGGCACCUGCAAAAUUUAUCCUCUCCCUCAAACCGUGAUUGUCCAAUCAUAGCCUAGUAACUGAUCCAGUCUAACCCCGACCCACACGGUUGUUCCUGUGGUUCAGUGGUUGAACCUUGUCGUACCCAGUUUAAAUCUGAUCCAGGACCUUUGCAUGUCCCGUCAUGUCUCUAUUAAUUCACUGCUAACACUGAUAAUGUCUCAGACCUUUUUUCUCCAAAUUGUUCAUUGUGGACACUGAAACCGUGCCCGAGCUGGACCACAGCCAGACGUUUGCGGUCAUUGAAUCACUGAGGUUCUGUCCUGCGCUCCUUUCCACAUUAGUCUUAUUUUACUGUUUAGUGAUGGAUUCAGGUUCAGGAGUAUCACAGCUGUGUACAGUUACUGCUCAUGUUAACCAACACUUGCUGCUGCUUCACAUUAAAAGCUUUGUGCCAGAGAA